UUUAGUCCUGUUUUACAAAUUUUAAACUAAUACAUAAAGCUUUUUUUUUUUUUAGAUGUGGAAGGUGUCAGACUGUUCCAGGGCAGAUGGUCCUGCAAAGAAGUUUGCAAUGGAUGAAUGGGCGAAUAACUGAAUGUAGUGUAAAGCGCCUUGGAGUCCUCUGGACUGGAUAAAGUGCUAUACAAGUACAGACCAUUCUUAUUUUUAGGCCUUAAAAAGUCAUGAAUACAGUAUUUAUAGAUAUAAUAUUUAUUUUAGUAAUAGUUAUGACUGGUAUUAUUCAUACCUCUGGCAGAUUUAGAUGUAAAGUCAUUCUUCUAUAUUGACCUAAAGAUUAUGGUGAUGGCAAAGAGGCCUUCCAACCUCAAUUGUGAUGCUCAUAAUCAAAGAGAAACAUCAGAACGCAUCAAAAAGACUGCAUUGAAAUACAAUAAAUGCAAUCAUUGAAUUUUAAUUUGUCAACAUUUUGAUUCUGAGAAUGCAAAUGUGUUUCUCUUAUUUCUGUCUGUAUAGUGUGCAGUUAGCAUGGCAGUUAUUUAAAAGAACUUUUUUUUGAUAGAUUUGAGAAAAAUAAACGUUUUAUAAAUGAAGCCAGAGAGACUUUUAAAACAAACAUUAUCAAGCAGUCUUUUCAUUUGCUCCCAUUGACUUGGCCACGUUUGCCUGCCAUCCGCUGCAGAGCUUUAGGAAUAAACGCACUGUUGCGCUGUUCGGGGGCUUUUAUUAUGAUAACCGGAAGUGCCGAGGGUCUGUAGCACCAACUCGAGCUGAAAGUGUUGUCAUCAGUCGUGUUUCUAACGUGACUCAUUUGUUUGUUUACAAUCAUUUGACGCGCCGUUGUAGCACCCUGAGCACGGAGCUGACGCGUUAACGCGCUUAUUGCCGCUUCGCCGCCAUUAACUAUUUCGAAGCGGCUCCUUUUACCAGAGGGAACAAUCCAUGCAGAGAUCAUAUAUUUGAGAGAUGGGUUCAGAGAACUCUGACCACUUUGGACCGGCGGUGGGCCUUGUUGACGAAGACGAGCAAGAAGUAGGUGGUCUAAUCAACUCAGACGGGGAAGAAGUGGACUACUCCGAAGUCAGAGUAAAUCCCAUCUCAGGCGUCGUACCUGCAGAGACUCCCUCCAAGAAAUUGAUUCAGAGCGAGAGUGAAAAGAUAACAUCCCUCCACAGCUGCUCGGUUUGUGGGAAAGACUUUCCUUACGCCUCUAAGCUUCAGCGACAUUUGCGCACUCACUCGGGAGAGAGGCCCUUCCCUUGUUCCAUGUGCGAAAAGAGAUUUCCAGAGAAAGGGCUCCUCAUGAUCCACGAAAGGGUCCACACGGGCGAAAAGCCGUUCCCGUGCACUUUCUGCGCCAAGAGGUUUGCCAGUCAGGGGGAGCUGCGGCUCCACCGGCGGACUCACACGGGCGAGAGGCCCUACCACUGCUCCAUCUGCCUGAAGAGCUUUUCUCGGCACUGGCACUUGAAGACGCACCUGGAGGCGAUGCACUGCGAGGUAGUCGCGGGCUUCACGAGGAAGAAGUUUCCAUGCUCGGACUGCGAGAAGAGCUGCAACUCGGCGGCCGAGCUGAGGGACCACCAGCGGACUCACACUGGAGAAAGGCCCUUCCAGUGCUCAUUCUGUGACAAACGGUUCGCCUUGUCUGGAACACUGGUGAGGCACGAGCGCCUCCACACCGGCAUCACCCCCUACCACUGCAACGACUGCGGCAAGACCUUCGCACAGCAGUGGACGCUCACCACGCACAUGAGGACUCACACGGGAGAGAAGCCAUAUAGCUGCUCUCAGUGCGACAAGUCGUUUGUCGCUCCUGGGGAGCUCCGGAGGCACACCAGGAUCCACACAGGAGAGAAACCAUACACCUGCGGUGACUGCGGACGGCACUUCUCGUUAGCGGGAACUCUGAGAAACCACCGGCGGUCGUGUACGUCAAGCAAGAGCGAGUCCGUCCCUGAUGUCGUCUUGGGAGUGAGUCGAGCAUCGGCAGAUGAGUCGUACCUGGAGGGCCAGGCUAACUCCAUCUGUGAGGUACCUGAAAGCGAGACAUCCCCAAAUGCUGCUGAGCCUACUUCCUCAGAGCGUCCUAACUGUGUCACAUCGCCUCAGCCAGAAGUUACCCCGAGGACAAUGGAAAACCCUUCAGAGAACCACGUUUCCACUCCCCAUGUGAACGUUAUAGUGAAACAGGAAGAAGAGGAGGAACCUUUAUACGAGGAAACUCCAGACCACGCAUCAGAUGGGGAGAAUUGUGAGACUCCGGAAGAAAAUGAAGAGCUGCAUCAGCAAAGCAACAAAGAGAUUAGGAUUACAGUAAAAGAUGAAGAGGAGGGGUCAGUAAACGAAAAUCCGGAUGCUGACGAAGACGUUGGAAAACGCGGUCUUCCAACGUCGCCUGAGGAAAAGCAAAGUCGAAGCAACUCAAAGAGUUCCUACUGCUGCGGGCUCUGUGGAAGAGACUGCCACAAGAUGUCGGCGCUGCAGAUCCACAUGCGCAUUCACUCGGGCGAGAAACCCUACCAGUGCUCCCUCUGCGGGAAACAGUUCACACAGAAGGGUCAGCUAAAAGGUCACUUUAAAGUCCACACGGGAGAAAAGCCAUAUUCCUGUCCGGACUGCGGCAAGAGCUUCGCCCACUCAGGCGCCAUGAACCGACACCGGCUCACCCACACGGGUGAGAAGCCGUACCACUGCUCUGUGUGCGACCGCAGCUUCAACCAGUCCGGCCGACUGAGGGAACACGAAAAAAUCCACCUGGGGGAGAAGUUCGACUGUCCUGAGUGCGACAAGAGCUUCACGCGCGCUUCCAGCCUCAAAAACCAUGUGAGGCUGCACACCGGUGAGAGGCCGUACGGUUGCGACGUCUGUGGGCGGGGCUUCAGCCGCUCGCAGAGCCUCAGGCUCCACAGGAGGAAACACUUUGAGACCGAGGGAGCGUCUCCGGCCGCCACGAAGAAUGACGACUUCUACGAGAGCGACAAUAACUCCCCCAUUAAUAUGUGCAUAACGGAGAAAAAUGACUGAAAAAAACUCUAUUUAUUUAACCAGAUAUAUAUUGGUAGUGUUUAGUACGAGAUCAAAGUCUGUAAAACUGAGAAAGUGGAACGUAGCGACUUACCUCUGUGAAUUUAUUGUUACCUAUCUGUGAUGCUUCUAUAUAAAAAGUGUUAAAAACUAAAAUAUUUAUCUCUGAAGUGUAAAAACAGCCUUAUGAACAGAAACACAGCUGUGGUCUGUGCUGCCAAGCAGGAUUAGCUGCUCAUCAAGAAACACAAAGCUGGGUUGCUCCUUACUUGGGUUCAGCACUAUUUAUUUAUUUAUUUUACCUUUUGUCCACAGUAGGGAAUUUAUACUGAAACAAGUUCUAGUCAAUGCCAUUUGAAAUUAAAAUAAAAAAAAAAACAGUACUUCUUUCCUCUGGUUUUCUGAGAUGCACCAUCUCACUUCGUUAUCGUGUAAAAAAGAUUUUGUUUUGGAGUUUCACGUCAUGUUAUAAUGGUUUUCGUUCAUCAAAAACGUGCCUGGAGAAAGAGGCCCAAUUGCGAGGAGUUAAGUUGCAAAGUCAAAUUUCUUUAAAGUCACGAUCGAUAUAUAGACAUGUAGCAACGUGACAUCACGUUGCUACAUGACAUCACGUUGCUAUGUGCCCAAGAUGUGCUGGAGGACAAAACAGCUGCUUGCCAACGAUGACUGUCGUUGGUUUUACUGUCACCGUGAUGUAUGCUUGAUAUAUAUUAAAGAAAACGGAACGCAGUGCUUUGCGACUAAUUGUCAACGCUAUGACAACGAGAUAAUGAGGUCCGAGGAUUUCACAGGUUAAUAAAAAGUAUUAAUUGGAGAAAAAAAAAAGUGAGGGAGAAGGAAUUAGUUAAUUUAUGCUAGCUUGACUUUGACAACUUUAACAUGUAGGUGUGCUGUGGAAACGAUUCUUUUUUUUCUUUUUAAGACGUAAAUGCACUGAAUUACAGAUUUAUUUGAUAACUCUGCACCGGUACAGCACAC